ACGAAUGACGAAUUCGGAAGGGCCAAGUAACGAUCCGACACGUUAGGGAAAUCAGGGUCGUAGGCGGGGCCUAAGGUUGGUGGACACGUGACACGGAACUGUCACGCCGCCCUUGCCCUCCUCUCGUGCUCUCCCCUCCACGCGACCAAAAUCCAGCGCGACCAAGCCACGCUUCUGUGGACGAACUUAUUGUCCACGGACGACGACGUCCGUCCUGAGAGAUUUACACGCGUGUUCGUAGGACGUACGUGAGAAUUUCCACGCGGAAUCGCACCGGAGAAUCCUGUAGGACUAAGACGAUCAUGAAUGCUUCGAAGGAUUAUAUAUCAACUAUGCGCUUACUGCGCUCACCGAAUGCGUUACUUGUGCGACGAUCUGACUGAAUUCUCGCACCUAUGGACUAUGCGACGCAAUAUUCUUGCGAGCGAAGAUAACGAGAUGCUCCUUUUAUCUAUUAAUUACGGAUUCACGGAAUUCACGGUUAGAUCAUUCCAGUGUUUAAAUAAUUUCUGCGUCACUAAAUAAUGCGCAUCCUAUUCUAUUAUCGUUCGUCCAUCACAGUGUUUUUUUAUCUCGCUUUGCUUCCGCAAUUCUGCAACGAACCAACCACCGAUUUUUUUCGCCCUGCAACAACCGUAGUCCGACAAUCAUAGGAUACCAAUUUAUAGGACAAUGACGCCGUCGUGGUUGUACGAGAAACGCCGCCGCGGCGUCGAGUCGGCGUGAACCUCCCGAGGAUGCAGCAGGCCAGCGUAGGUUGCGACGAGGACUCCAGCACAGCGAGUCCCCUAGCGAAAUCGCCGGUCGGUUUCGCGAUCAAGAGCGAACCCGGCGUGGACAGGAACGACGGCGUGAGGGUUAAAGUCGAGAUGCCCGAGCCCACGGAGGCCGGUGUCGAGGUCAAAGGCGAGCCUCGGGAGGAUUAUCAGCGGCAGCUGCCGAGCGGCGACGGUUAUCAUUAUCACGGCGACAAGAAGCCGGGCUACGUUCUGGACACUUCCGGACAACCGCCACCGCCGCCACCACCGCCUCAUCAGGGAUACCGUACCGUGGGGCUGCCCAACUCCUUCGGCUUUCCUCCCUUUUACGGGCACCAUCCGGCGAUGAUACCAGCGUCGUUCCCGACCGGACGUCCCUCGCCGGAUGGGCCGAUCAGCAAGAUCGGUGAUGGUCACGAGCAGACGACGCCGUCGCAUGUCGAUAGACACGCGGCCGCCGCUGCUGCCGCCGCUGCCUACGGCAGAAUGCCACCGAUCCCCAACGACAGCUUCCUGCACGAGCCCCAUCAUCAUCGCUUCGACGCCGGCGACUUUCAGCACGGCGUGCCGUACCCGGGUUUUCGACCCACUAUGCGCUCGUCGUAUGGCAAUCAUCAGAACAACAGCGCCUACAAUAGAAGCAGCCACUAUCACCCGGCCAGGCAACGCAAAUGGAGCAAUUCCGCGUUCCGCGGACUUCACCCUCCGAUGCCCUGGCCCACGUGGUUUUUCCGCCCAGAUCUUCCGCUUGGCACGCCACUACCGACGAGUCACGUUCCAAAUUCGAGUAACAUUCCUACUUCGUCGCCUCUACCAUCUCGGACACAUCUGGACGUUCCGAAAGGGCCCGAGUCUUCUUCCAACAGCAACAAAGUCCAUGGACAGACGCCAACGAUAUGCACAUCCAUCCGAUGUACCGUGAACAACUGUUCCUGCGAAUCCUUCACACCCGGGAAACGUCAUCUGCGCUACUGCGAGAACUGCCAUCACGGAUGGGUGCCUCACGCGCUGGCGCGACUGUCAAGCAUCCACCAACAACAGCAGCAACAACAGCAGCAGCAGCAGCAGCAGCAGCAUGCUCAACAACAACAGCAGCAGCGGCUCGGUGGUGGCGGUGCCGGGAGUGAGGAUGUCGUCUCCGGCCCUCGUUCUACUGGUAGGGAGGACAAAAGCGUCGUAGGGAGGGUAAAGCACCCGGCGUCGGUAACGACGACGACGACGACGGCGGCAACGACGACGUCGACGACGACGGCGGCGGCGGCGGUGGCGGCGGCUGCGGUGGCGGUGACGGGGACGACGACGAUGACGGCACCAGCGACUGGUAGCGCAGGAAGUGGAGGAGGGGGAGGUGGCAGUGGUGGAGGUGGCGGCGGUGGCGGCGGUGGAGGUGGCGGCGGUAGUGGUGGUGGUAGUGGCAGUGACAGUGGUGGUGGCGGUAUCCCCGGUGGGGAUCGUAACGGCGGUGGUGGUGGAGGUGGUUGUGUCGGUGGUGGUGGCGAAGUCGCGGAGAAGGAGGAGAGGCCACCGGCUUCAGAGACUGUCGAGCCGACGGCCGCGUUUGACGUCGCAUCCCUCGUACUCUACGGCUCGCGCGCACUGCCGAUACGCCUUAAGAUCUUGCUCGAUCAGUUGUUCAACCAGUUGCCCCCCGUGCAAGUGACACGUAUCCUAGCUGCCUUCGGCUGGACCCACGAGGAUUACACGCGAGGAUACAUACUGCAGGACUCGCAGAACGGCCCGGUGCUGGACCGAUGGAGUAUCUGCUCGGCUGAGGAGGAGCCGCUGGUUCUGCAGCAGUUCCUCAGGUUCGCCGAGACGCGUCCGUUCGUGCAGCAGCUGCUGCUGGCCGCCGGAACGCCGGGUACGGAUGCUAUGUCACCGAGCAGACGACCUUCGCCACCGACGAUGCCACUAGCACAUUUGCCACCUCCAUUGCACAUGCUUCAUUGUGGUCUGCCGCCACCCGGCACUCGGCUGCCACCCCCGCUACCACCACCUCCGCCGCCGCCGCCGUCGUCGUCGUCGAUUUCUCAUCCCUCGAUGUCGCCAACGGCGCAAAAGCACUAUUCCUCGGCGGCGAAUCCCACUGGUGGUGUCAGUAGAGCAAAUUCACCGCCGCGUUCCCUGGAUUCGCAUCUGACGUCUCCAUUGAAUCGACUGCAGAGCAUGCAGCCCUUCGACUUUCGGAAAUUAGGCACCCUCGGACUGCCGGGGUUUCCGCCAUUGCCGCCGCCGCCGCCAUCCGCGGAACAACUUCUGCAAAAUCGGAAAUCCAUGAGAAAUCCACAGAGCCCUCAUAGUCCACCACAUCACUCAUCCGCAACGCAACUGCAAAGGCCACAUGUGCCCGUCGCACCGGUUUCCUCGUCAGCGUUGACCUUUGGUCAUCCGCUUUCCGUCGCGGUUUCCUCCGGAGCGUUACCACCGAGUUUCCCGACGCACUUUCCGCCACCCGCGAUGGGUAAAUCGCCCGGCAGUAUCGGUGGACUCACUGUACCCGCGGACGUGCAUAGCGGCGGUGAGAAGAGCAGCGAGUUCGGCUCGGAAGAGGAUGAAGACGAUGAGGAAAACUCCGACAGCGCGUUGAACCUCAGCCGACGAGACGCUGCUGUAGCAAAGCAUGCGAUUUCCUCCGAGCAACGGCAUCACCCGCCGUUACCGCUUCAGGCGACGCCAUUGGGCAGGCCACCCGGUAUACCUGGCAGAAAACCGCAUUCGCCAGGCAAGCGACCGGGCAGUCAGUGGGGAGCCGCUGCGAACAUGCCGCCAAAUCUCGGCACACCUUUCAUCAAUCCCACCACCGGCAAGAAGCGUGUGCAGUGUAACGUCUGUCUGAAGACCUUCUGCGAUAAAGGUGCGCUGAAGAUUCAUUUCAGCGCGGUGCAUCUGCGCGAGAUGCAUCAGUGCACCGUGAAAGGCUGCAGUAUGAUGUUCAGUUCGCGCAGGUCGCGCAACCGACACAGCGCAAAUCCGAAUCCGAAACUGCAUUCGCCACAUUUGCGACGCAAGAUCUCUCCGCACGACGGCCGCUCGUCCAUGGCGCAUGCUCUGGUGCUACCGCCGCAGGUGGGACUCCCGGUACCUGCUACCGGACUGAAUCACCUGCCUUUUGGCUCAUUUCCGUUGCUCACGCCGCCACCGGAUCUUCGUUCGCCAGCAUCGCUGUGCGCAUUGGACUUUAAACACCUGGACCUGUCAUCUACGCAGGCAGGUCAAGGUAGACCGUAUGAUGAAGCACUGCAACAGAGAAUGUCAACGGGCACAGGUCUGUCGACAACCACAGCCUCAACAACGAUGCCGGUGCCAAUGUCGAGCGUCGCAGUGACCACGACCACGACGACGGCGCGAGGUUCGUAUUCUGGUGGUGGCACAUCUAUCAGCGCGGUCUCGCCGUCCACUCAGGCAUCAUCCGUGAUACCCGAGGGUGAGGAGGACGAGGACGACGACGAUGGCGGUAUCGUUGUAGUCGCGGAGGAUGAGAUCAGCAAUUUGCCGUCGAGAUUGCAGCCGCUGCGUGCUGAUGACGACGAGCAGCCAGCCGACUUUAGUCUGGCGAAACGGCCGAAACUCUACUUUGGCGACACCGUCGACGAAGACCUUGCUAGCAAUCCCGACAGUAAUGAGGACAAUGAUUCCAUGGGCACAGUGGAUCAGCAACCCUUCUCCGUGAACCAGCACUCACUCAAUUCGAGUUCCUUUCAUAGCCGAGGCGUGCGCAAAAGGAAAUCUCAACAUCCCACGAGGUGCGCUAUACCAGCGGAAGUGCAUUCUUCGUCUACCGACGGUGAUUCCUCCAAUGACGAAGAACAACGAAUCCAACGACGAUGUUUAUCGGAUGGCGUCGUCGCGCCGACGCCGAUGACGGAGUUUCAGAAUCAGCCGGAGGAUAUGUCAAUGUCCAGGCUUGAGGCGGAGGACCGAAAGAUAUUCCCCGGCUCGCCGAGAAACCAAAAGGGUGGCUUUCACGAUCGCGAAUCAGAUUCGCGUUCUCCAGAUGCCGGCAAUCCGGAGCGUGAGGCGACGACAGUUGCUAGCAACCGGCGCGAUACUCACUCCUCCCAGGACAACGCAGAGGAGCUACCUCAGGACGAACCGCGUGACUUAAGUUCGAGAGCGAGCUCGAUCAAGUCGCCAAAGCGACAGAUCACUCCAGAACCAAAGACCGAUAACACGCCGCCGUCAAGCACGACAUCCAGUGGGGCGACGACGGCAAUGACGACGACGACGACGACGACGACAGCGAAAGAUUCCGACGCAACGUUGUCGGAACAAAAAGAUCGUCGUCUGAGCGCGGAAAGUGACGAAACGACAAGGGUGAAAGAUGAGACGAUUGCAAAAAGAGAACCCGCCGAGAUGACGCAGGAGGAGAGAAAGCCGACGAACGACGAGGAGCACCAGGAUGACGAGGAGGACGACGAUGAUGAGCCCAUGGAGGAGGUCGAGGAGGAUGAUGAUGAGGAGGAAGAGGUGGACGACGCACUGCGCAAUCAAGAAGGUGAGCGUCCCGAUGAUCCCCCCCGUGCCCCGAGCUCGGUCGACAGCCGUCCGACGACAGCCGACGACCUCUCCCACGACUCCUCGACCAACACUUUGCGUCAACUCGAGUCCUUGUCGCAGGGUCGAUGCGUGAUGCCGUACGCCGAGACGCAGCGGGUGGCUUCGAGGUCUGGCCGCGGCUCUACCAGCCCUAUCAGCCUCACGACCCACCAGGAGAUCACCAUGGACAACUCCUCACAUGGCUCUCGUUCAUCCAGCGCCUCACCCUCCACAGCGGCCAUGGAUACGGACAAUAGCCUGAUUACGUACGCACGUUACGAAAACGGCGGCUUCGUCAGCACCCAGGAAGUGCCGCUCGACCGUGAGAAUCCGCGCCGUUGCACCGCCUGUGGCAAGGUCUUUCAGAAUCACUUUGGCGUCAAGACCCACUAUCAAAAUGUUCACCUCAAACUGAUGCACCGUUGCAGCGUGGACGGUUGUAACGCGGCCUUCCCUUCGAAACGAUCUCGCGAUCGCCAUUCGGCGAAUCUCAAUCUACACCGGAAACUGCUAUCGACCUCGUCGAGCCCGCCACUCUCUUCCAGUCUGCCGCCGAGUCUGUCGCCGCGCAUCGACGAUCCGCAGAUGAAUCCACUGUUGCACAAUGAGUUCCUGGCAAGACUCUACGCGGACGCUAGUAUCGGCGCAUUGGGCGCAUACCCCUUACGCACCCGGACUGCCGUCUGCGGUCGACCUGGCGCCCGGAUACCACCGCCGCAUCCGCUCCUACUGCCGCCACAUCUCGGCGCCACGUUCCCGGGUUUGUCCUCGUUUGCGUCUCACUUGGCUGGCCUAAAUGGUCUUACGCAUCAGCAUCUGAAUCAUCUGACGAGACUGACUCAGGAACAGGGCAACAGGCAUGCGUCCGCCUCGGGUUCGCCCGUGUCCUCGCCGGGCUCGGACGAUCGCAAGGAGGAGGCCAGGUGCACCGUACCCGGUUGCGAGCGCGUCUUUGGUUCCCGAGCCGUGCGGGACGCGCACUCCAGAGAUCCCCAGGCCCACCGCGAUCUGCCGAUCCUGUCCACCAGUAGCGGCUCGUGACCGAUCUCGUUCUAUGGCCGCAGUCACGAUUAUUAUCCCUUACUGUGAUGCCAAAAUUCUAACUCGGCGAUUCGAUUCGGCCGAUCGAUUACCGAUGAUCUCGUUUUUGACUAGGAUCGGCAGAUCUAGACGCAGUUUUUCUCAUGAAUAUGGGGUAUGCUUUAUAUGCCCUAUUUGAAUGUUUCAUGAACAUACAAAAACAUGUAAAAACGUGCAAUAUCGAGCAGAGUGCGUGCGGAAUGAUCGACCAUCAACGUGGCCGACAUGAAGCGGUCUCGUUGAUCAACGCCUGUUUAAUGAAGUGAACGAACCAGUUCUAAUGCGGUAAUAUCUGCUUGCCAGUUCUUCCCAUUUCUCCAAUUUAUAUGUCAGAAUGCAACACGCGAGUUUGUUAGGCUAAUCUAGUCAAUUCGAAAAUCUCGAUUUCGUGAUUCCGAUUUUGGAAAUGAUAGUAAAAGUCGCAUAUUGAAUAACAAUUGAAUUAAAAUCUCGCUCGAUUAAUUGAACUAAUAUUGUUCGACAUCAAAUUUUAAAUUCAUAUUAACUAAAUCUUAUUUACUAAAUCAAAUCAAAUUA